AGAAGCAGCUCCAGAGACCGGCUGACAGAUUGUGACACAGAGAGCGAGAACGACAAGGUUUCUGAUGCCAGCUCAGAGAAAUUUUUCAGCACAGCUGCACUUAAAGUUCCACCAUUUGGCAUCAAUGCGCUGUCCACCAAUGGCAGCCAGGAGACUCAAGGCCCAGGCUUUCUCAAGGUGUCAGGCCUAGAGCGCAGUCAGGAGAGGAGCCAGGAAAACUGCAGGGACUCUCAAUCCCCUUCAGCUACUGCCCCGAGUCAGCCUGUGUCCCCACAACCCCUGCCCCCACCCCAGCCCCAGCAACUAUUCCUCCCACGGUCUCCAUCCUCACAGCGGACUCAGGCAAACAUCCCCACCCAGACGUUGCCUUCCGUUCCACCGCUUCCCCUUUUAGAAGCUCUGCCCAGGCAUUACCCGCAGACACCCGCAGCCGUGCCUCUCGCCCAGGGCCAAGUGCCAUUACCGGCGCCCCCUCCCCAGCACGUGCUGAAACUGCUACCCCAACACCGGCCUCAACAUACACCCAAGCUCCACCCACACCCACCGUUGCCUGCCCCUCCCAAUAACCAUCCUCACCAAGCACACCCCAGCCAGGCAGGGCUACACCGACCUCCUUCAUGCUGCCAGCCCAGGCACCUUUCUGCCUACAACUGCCUCAACCUCAACAGCCACAGCAGCAGCAGCAGUAGCAGCACACCUGGGACCAAGCCCCAAGGGCAUCCUGCUCCUUCCUCACAUCUUCCACAACCCCCGUCAGGUGCAGCAGCAUCCACCUUCCCCUUUCCCCUGGUGGCUAACCACAGCGCCCCCCAUAGCUUCCCCCCUGCACUGCAGUCCUCACCGCACCUUCAUCACCCCAAUAUGUUCGCUCCUCCAGCGGCUUUGCCUCCACCACCACCGCUAACGUCGACCACCCUGCCAGUACCUGGACAUCCUGCUGCUGGGAGCGCCUAUUCAGAGCAAGACCUUCUGCGUCAGGAGCUCAACACCCGUUUCUUGGCCUCCCAGAGUGCUGACCGCGGCGCCUCACUGGGCCCCCCGCCCUACCUGCGCACAGAGUUCCACCAGCACCAGCACCAGCAUCAGCAUCAACACACCCACCAGCACACGCACCAGCACACCUUCACGCCAUUCCCCAAUGCCAUUAUGCCCACCCCAGCACCGUCCAUGGUGCGUACCCCUGCCAGAAAUUUUGACAAAUACCCAACUAAAGUUGACCCCUUCUAUAGACACAGUCUCUUUCACUCGUACCCACCGGCGAUGUCAGGCCUCCCUCCUGUCAUUCCCCCUACUGGACCCUUCAGCUCCCUGCAAGGGGCAUUCCAACCCAAGACCUCUAAUCCACUGGAUGUGUCCACACGACCUGGUGCUGUGCCGAAUACUUUCCUCCAGAAAGACCCAAGACUAACGGAUCCAUUCCGGCCCAUUCUCAGGAAACCAGGGAAGUGGUGCGCCAUGCACGUCCACAUUGCCUGGCAGAUAUAUCACCAUCAACAAAAAGUCAAGCAGCAGAUGCAGGUCGACCCUCACAAGUUAGACUUUGGCCUCAAGCCCGAGUUCCUGAGUCGACCUUCAGGCCCGAGCCUCUUUGGUGCCAUCCAUCACCCCAACGACUUGGCUCGGCCUGCAACACUUUUCUCGGCCGCAGGUCCAACACAUCCCUCCGUAGGUCCUUUUGGGCACCCGCCCCACCACCUUGGAAACUUUCUCACCCCAGCAUCUCACUUGGAACCUUUCAGUCGGUCGCCUUCCUUCGGAGGACUCGGAUCGCUCAGUUCUUCAGCGUUCGGAGGACUUGGGAACCCAUCACUAAAAUCCCUGGCAGCGGUCAAUUCCAUGUUUGGCCAUAAAGAUGGCCCCAACACGCAGCAGCACUUUGGCAGCAGUACCACUAGUAACCACCAGGAGCCCUGGAACCGCCUGCAUCGCACGCCGCCGUCGUUUCCCACGCCCCCGCCUUGGCUGAAACCCGCAGACUCUGAGAGAAGCGCCUCGGUCAGCUCGCACGAGAGGGACAGAGAUUCUGAUAAACGAGACUCGAUGGGUGGUAAAGAUGACAAAGACAGAGAAUCAGUGGAGAAACGUCACCCAAGUCAACCCUCGCCAGUUCCAGUGAACCCCAUCGGUCUUCUUGGUCACAGUCGUCCUCUCGAGCACAACAGGAACCAACUUCCUCCGUCCUCUGGAGACACUCAGAGGGACAAAGACAACAAGUCCAAAGAGAGGGAACACUCUGAUCUUUGGAAAGACGGCUGCUCGGACGAGCACAAGACUAAAGACCACCCACCGGGCAAUAAGGACACGCCCACUAUUCACGAUGGCAGAGAGCCAGAGGACGUGGUGUCCAACAGGGGAACGGCGUCACCUUACCUCAGAUUGAGCGGUCUAGAACAUUCUAAUGGAGGUCUGAGAAGGGAGCUUCUGGACAAGAAAGGUGAACUUCCCUUCGAGCAGCAGAAGAAGAGCAGUGAGGUGAAAGUGAAGGAGGAGAGAAAAGAGGACCAAGAUGGCGCAGGUGAGAAGCCAAGCGAGCACACGAUGGUGCCCUCCGCGCCAAACCUCCACCCGCCGUCCCCCAUGCCUUUGCCCAUGAGCCUGGCAGGAGUCCAUCCGAUCAACAACCUCAGCAGCCUUGAGAGAAGUCGAGUGGUGGCACCUUUCUUAGGCAUCAGUCCAAUCCCUGGAGCGGAACGUUUCCCUUACCCCGCCUUCCACUGGGACCCCAUGAGGGACUCCAUGAGAGACCCCUACAGAGGACUGGACAUUCACAGGCGGGACCCCCUGGCAAGGGAUCUGUUGCUAAGGAACGAACAUCACCGACUGGCUGCUCCACGUCUUUACGAGGCCGAGCGCGCCUACAGAGACCGCGAGCCUCACGACUUCAAUCGCAUUCAUCCGCUGGCCUUGGAGCACAGGAGGGAACACGAGCGCGCUCAGUUGGAGGAACGCGAGCGUCUGCUGAGAGACGACUACGAGCACGGGCGCCUGCAUCCCACAAUGCACCACCCGGCCCUCGACGGACACCACCUCCCCCACCACGCCCAGGGACUCAUGGCGCCAGGACUCCCGGGCAUGCACUACUCCAGAGUCAGCCCCUCGGCCGCUGCCCACCAUAACAUUCUCAACAAAACUCCGCCCACCGCCUCUUUGAGCGCUCCGCCCCCUCUCAUUCCCACGCUCGGCGGCAGGCCGGGCUCGCCCAGACGAACUACUGCCUUGGUGGGCGACAUCAGAGACAGAGCGCCGCACAAAGACAUCGAAGCGCGAUGAGCGCCGCCCUCAUUCAGCACUUAGUGAGGAAUGUAACAUAACUGUGAAUACGUGCCGUGAGGACACACCCACAAGUCAUUGUUUUAUAAGAGCGUGUGUGUGUGUGUGUGUGUGUGUGUGAGUGUGUGUGUGUGUGUGUGUGUGUGUGUGUGUGUGUGUGUGUGUGUGUGUGUGUGUGUGUGUGUGUGUGUGUGUGUGUGUGUGUGUGUGUGUGUGUGUGUGUGUGUGUGUGUGUGUGUGUGUGUGCCUCCAGUCUUUCUAUUGUAGAGCAAAGAGAAGCGAGACUGAACAAUGGACAAAUAUUCUUUACACUGACAGACAAAACGUGUGAAGUCGCUGUGUUGGAUCAUGUUAUACAGGAUAUGCAAAUGACUUAAAGCUUUACGUUCAACAUUGACAUCAUUGUUUAGUGAUCAGAAUGUGUUUUCUGCAGUUCUACUAUGCAACAAGUCCGACCCCCUCAACACUUCACCACGACUAGGAAUUAACAACAAAGUGUUUUCUCUCCACGACUUUACACUUCAACAAGCUUCGAACACAAAGUACUACCUCGGUUUUUGUUCGUAAAUCAUUCCAAAAAGUCAGACUUCAAUAAUGUUUCUUUUGUCAAAGUGCUGACACUCGCAACUUUCUACGGCCCCACUUUGGCUAUUUUGCAGUCGUACUUAAUUAACAAAAACCAAAAAGCCCACCGUGCCUGAAAGAUCCUUCACUUAAAGGGACUGUUUGCAACAUUUACACACAUGCCGAAAGGGUGCCAACCUCCCAAUGUGUUUUAAGCGUUAUAAACGUCUCCUGGGACGUAAUGAUGUAACUACGUACACAUGCACACGCAUUAGCUUUGGGUGUUGUUAGCUUAUAAUAUCAAUUUGGAUAGUUAGUGAAUGGUAAAUGGGUUAUACUUGUAUAGCGCUUUUCUAACUUCAAGGUACUCAAAGCGCUUUGACACUAUUUCCACAUUCACCCAUUCACACACACGUUCACACUAUGAUGGCGGGAGCUGCCAUGCAAGGCCCUAACCACGACACAUCAGGAGCAAGGGUGAAGUGUCUUGCUCAAGGACACAACGGAUGUGACUAGGUUGGUAGAAGCUGGGGAUUGAACCAGGAACCCUCAGGUUGCUGGCACGGCCACUCUCCCAACCGCGCCACGCCGUCCCCAAAUGUAUAUUCUAUUAUAUCAACAACAUGACUAAAAAUUGUUUAGUUCAGUUUAUUUCAAACAUGAUCGUUGCUUGUCUUGAACUGCUUUUGUAUGUCUGCACACUAAACAUCAAUCUAUUUAUCCGGGGCCGAUAAAAAAAUUGUAUUACGUAAAUUUAAUAUUUGUGAAAAAUAUAGAGUUUUAAGAGAAAUGUAUUCUGUUGAACCACAAAUUGUAACAUAAGCUAGCCAAUGGUUAUAUUGUUUUUGCUUUGAAUUUUUUUUUACUGUGAGCAAGUUGCAAACAGCCCCUUUAACACUUGGAGUUACGCAGUGCACUUGAACGCAGCGCAGGGAGCAAAGUGCUUGAUUCAUCCUGUUUGCACAUGAAGAAAGGAUACACACAUCAUUAGUGUGCACUCUAUGAGCAAAUAAACUACAUACACACAUAAUGAAGAUUAUUAAAGGAUUCCUAUAGCGACCCGACUAAAAUGAUUACAGAUUAAAUCUAAAAUGUUGGAUAGAUUGUCCAAUACAAGCCGUCCUGUGGUGUGUUUACUUGUGCAAAGCUGGACAGUCAGUAACAUAUAAAUGUCCUCCAAUAAGCACACAAGGUUGGUCUUUUCCUGUAGUUUUUGUCAAGUCAUUUACAUGAAAAGCUAUAGGCCACUAGAAGCACGCAGCUACACAACACCUAAGCAUAUGAUGGCAUAAAAGCUCGGCAUACAUAAAAAGUGUCUUUCAUUAAACAAUAUUGCAGUCUGAAACUGCACAUUUCUCAAUAUAAACAAGUAUCAAAUAAUAAUGGACGCGUACUACUUGCACAUAUUAACCCGAAGUAGAAACUUAUUAGAAAGUAUCCAGUAACAAACGUGUCGCAACGUGACUGCGACAUGAGCUAUAAUAUUGUGGCCACUAGAUGUCGCCAAAAAACAGCAUAAGUCCAUUCAGGAUGGUUAAUAAUGGUUCUUCAUACCUACUAUUGUUCUCUGUUUGACUGAUUUCACUUGAUCAAACCUUUUCUGGCAUUACACACUACAAAAUAAAAGUAUGUAUGAUCCUUACUGAUAUGGUAUCAAUAUUGGUAUUGGCCAAUACUCAAGACUAUAAUAUUGGAAAAAGUUGGAUCAAGUUGUCCAGAGACUGGACUGGGUCAAACAACUACAGUUCACUUCAUGUUUUACCAUACCAUAACUAAGAAGGUCUUCAAAAACCGAGGUGCUACUGUACGAGCUUUUGAUAAUGCAUAUAUUAACGAUAGUGUAAAACACUUGGUAGGACAAUCUUUAUUGUAUUUAAAGACAUUUUAGUCUGGUUGUGGGGAGAAUGCGUCAUUUGUUCAAAAAGUAAAUUUUGAAAGUAGAUAGUUUAAUCGAAGCGCAACAAAAUUCAAGGACAAACAAACCUCAACCAUGUUUAGUUUAAAAGAAGCAAAUUAAUUUUCAUUUAUAUUAAUAGUCUGCUGAAGUGUUAGUUUUACUUUCAUUUCACAUUCACAGAGCUGCAUAGCCAACAUAUCCUGCAAAGAGAUUUGCUCUUAGUACUGUACAGUAAAAAAUAAAAAAAAAUACGAAAAAAAAACAAUUUCUAAAUCAUGUACAAAAGUAUCAAAAUAUGAAGCGACUGAAUCUUCAGCAUGCCCUCGUAGGAACUUGUAAAUUAUUAUUGUUAUGUAAAUUGUGCCAUGUUAUUAAAAAAAUGUGUAUCGAUUUUGUCUUUGAUUGUUCUGUCCUUCACAUGAUGGGUUCUCAAGGAAGAAUGUGAUUCUUUCAAUUUGAUUCUUAAGAUGAUGAUUGAAGCCACAAUAUAUAUAUAUUUUUGGUAUAUACUGAACAGUUAGUUACGAUAAAACAAGCUCUUCUUGGAUUUGCUGACUGACAUAUGACAUAAAUGUGCAGAGAUGGCCUUAAAAAAAUGGAUUCUUGAAAACUGAGUCGAUUCAGAAUCGUAAUUGGGAGUAUUCUUCUAGCACAGCAAAUAAAAAGUAUUUUGUAAGAUUGUUAGAGAAAGUGAAUUUGAAGGUUGGUCUCCAAACUCGAGAGUUCGCAUGGCUUUUCUGGAAAAGCAUAUUUAAAAAAAAAAAAAAAGGUACAGUCCACAUUUGAGUAAAAUCUUGGAUCCAUGAGUGUUUUUUUAGUCUUGGUCCAUGAACACUGCUUUAGUUCAAGACUACAAGAAGGCACAGUCGUCACAGCAUGCUUCAAAUAUUUCGGCUUCACCACGUCGCAGAUACA